AUGGCGGAGGAGAUCAUCACCCCUGUGUACUGCACUGGGGUGUCCGCUCAAGUGCAGAAGCAGCGGGCCAAGGAGCUGGGAUUGGGCCGCCAUGAGAACGCCAUCAAGUACCUGGGUCAGGAUUAUGAGCAGCUACGGGCUAGAUGUCUGCAAAGCGGGGCUCUCUUCCGAGACGAGGCCUUCCCCCCGGUGCCCCAGAGCCUGGGCUACAAAGAGCUGGGCCCCAACUCCUCCAAGACCUAUGGCAUCAAGUGGAAACGACCCACGGAGAUGAUCUCAAACCCCCAGUUCAUCGUGGAUGGGGCCACCCGCACAGACAUCUGCCAGGGAGCUCUGGGGGACUGUUGGCUACUGGCUGCUAUUGCCUCCCUCACCCUAAACGACACUCUUCUGCACCGAGUGGUCCCACAUGGCCAGAGCUUCCAGGAUGGCUAUGCUGGCAUCUUCCACUUCCAACUAUGGCAGUUUGGGGAAUGGGUGGACGUGGUGGUGGAUGACCUGCUACCCACCAAGGACGGGAAGCUGGUGUUCGUGCACUCUGCCCAGGGCAAUGAAUUCUGGAGCGCCCUGCUGGAGAAGGCCUAUGCCAAGGUGAACGGCAGCUACGAGGCCCUGUCGGGGGGCAGCACCUCAGAGGGCUUUGAGGACUUCACAGGUGGGGUCACCGAGUGGUACGAGCUACGCAAGGCCCCCAGCGACCUCUAUAGCAUCAUUCUCAAAGCGCUGGAGCGAGGCUCCCUGAUGGGAUGUUCCAUUGAUAUCUCCAGUGUUCUGGACAUGGAGGCUGUCACCUUCAAGAAGCUGGUGAAGGGCCAUGCCUACUCUGUGACCGGAGCCAAGCAGGUGAACUACCAAGGCCAAAUGGUGAGCUUGAUCCGGAUGCGGAACCCCUGGGGCGAGGUGGAGUGGACGGGAGCCUGGAGUGAUGGUUCCCAUGAAUGGAACAAUGUGGACCCUUACGAGCGGGAGCAACUCCGGAUCAAGAUGGAGGAUGGAGAGUUUUGGAUGUCAUUCCGAGACUUCAUGCGUGAGUUCACUCGCCUGGAGAUUUGCAACCUGACCCCAGACGCACUCAAGAGCCGUUCUAUCCGAAAGUGGAACACCACGCUCUACGAGGGCACUUGGCGGCGGGGGAGCACUGCCGGGGGCUGUCGCAACUACCCAGCCACCUUCUGGGUGAACCCGCAGUUCAAAGUCCGGUUGGAUAAGGUGGACGACAACGAUGACGACUACGGGGGCCGAGAAUCAGGCUGCAGCUUUGUGCUCGCCCUCAUGCAGAAGCACCGUCGCCGCGAGCGCCGCUUUGGCCGCGACAUGGAGACGAUUGGCUUCGCAGUGUACGAGGUCCCUCGGGAGCUGGUCGGCCAGCCUGCCGUGCACCUGAAGCGGGACUUCUUCCUGGCUAAUGCAUCACGAGCCCGCUCCGAGCAGUUUAUCAACCUGCGGGAGGUCAGCACCCGCUUCCGCCUGCCGCCCGGGGAGUAUGUGGUGGUGCCCUCCACGUUCGAGCCCAACAAGGAGGGUGACUUUGUGCUGCGCUUCUUCUCGGAGAACAAAGCAGGGACAGAGGAACUGGAUGACCAGGUCCAGGCCAAUCUCCCUGAUGAGCAAGUGCUCUCAGAAGAGGAGAUUGAUGAGAACUUCAAGGCGCUCUUCAGGCAGCUGGCUGGGGAGGACUUGGAGAUCAGCGUUAAGGAGCUGCGGACCAUCCUCAACAGGAUCAUUAGCAAACACAAAGACCUGCGCACCAAGGGCUUCAGCCUGGAGUCAUGCCGUAGCAUGGUGAACCUCAUGGACCGUGAUGGCAACGGGAAACUGGGCCUGGUGGAGUUUAACAUCCUCUGGAACCGCAUCCGGAAUUAUCUGACCAUCUUCCGAAAGUUUGACCUGGACAAGUCCGGCAGCAUGAGUGCCUAUGAGAUGCGGAUGGCCAUUGAGUCUGCAGGCUUCAAGCUUAACAAGAAACUGUACGAGCUCAUCAUCACCCGCUACUCCGAGCCUGACCUGGCCGUGGACUUUGACAACUUCGUGUGUUGCCUGGUGCGCCUGGAGACCAUGUUCCGGUUUUUCAAAACUCUGGACACAGAUCUGGAUGGAGUUGUGACCUUUGACCUGUUUAAGUGGUUACAGCUGACCAUGUUUGCAUGA